UGUACCUAUCCCAACUGUAAUAAAGUGUACACCAAAAGUUCCCAUCUGAAAGCUCAUUUAAGAACUCAUACUGGCGAAAAGCCUUACAAGUGCCCUUGGGAAUCUUGUCCAUGGCGAUUUGCCCGAUCAGACGAGUUGACCAGGCAUUACAGAAAGCAUACUGGUGCCAAGCCGUUCAAAUGUAAUUUCUGUGAAAGAUGUUUUUCACGCUCUGAUCAUUUAGCCCUCCACAUGAAAAGACAU